UUUCAAAAAACCACGAAUAAUACUGUUGUACUAGUACGAGUACUAGUACAAUUCAGACAGCUGAUAAUUUUUUUAGUCAAAUCAUGCUCAUUUGUGGCGUUGCAAAUCGCACGGCUGUCUAAAGAAACUGACAAGGCAGACCAAAAUGAAUUGAAAAUGCCAAUCGAGCACGGGGCGGAAUUUGAAUUUUCGUAUCCUUUUGAAUUUUGCCACGAGCGGCACUUUGUCAUCGCACGCGGUCUAUUAUUGUCUUCGCUACUGUGCAUUACGAAUUUUUUUCCUUUGAGUUUCUGUUUGACGAGCUAAUUUGACUGAAGUUACGGGUUACCUCACAACUGUUGAUUUAGAUAUUUUGUUUUCUUGCAAAGAUUUGUUUCGAAUAACUCAGUUCUGCACUACCAAACGGUGGGAUUCGUCGUUGCGUUUGUGUUGCACCUGGUGUCGAUCGUCGUUGCUCGGAUAUAUUUUGCUAUCAUCAACCAUGCAAGUUGACACUGUAACGUACGGCAUACCGUAACAUUGGCACCUUUGGACUAUUCGGGCUACAAAUAUGGAUUCUUUGCCACACUCGGUUAAACCAUCCCCAAUGGCCAGUAAACCUCCGAAACGCCAGAAACGGGCAAAACCUGCCGGUACAAAAACCGCGAAAGCUCUCUCGCCACUUCAUCUGUUCUACAAAAUGGCCGAAUUCGUUAAGGAGUCCUCUCCCGAUGCCGAAGGCCCCGUAUGGAAGAAGGACGUUGAUCGGGGAGAAGGUAUCAUUCUGUUCUACCAGCUGGACUUUUCUGGUCCACAAGGACCUCAAGUGGCCCGCAGUGUCAGGAUCCAGCGCGCGCCCGCUGAUACUAUUCACACUGGAGCACAUCUCAUUGCGUACGUGUUCCUUGGUCGAGAGGCCGUGUUUUCGGAUGUCCUGCAGAGCAUUCCCUUUGAGAAUCCCAUCCGCAAUAUGUUAGAUCUGAUCAAGAUUUUGGAUUUGCUCGGUGUUUUCACCACGGAUUCGUUGAAAAUCAGCGAUCCGUAUGGGCUGGUGGACACUGCCGACGUCAAGACCGAAGCCGGUCCUGAACCGAAGGACAGAGCUGGUUAUGCUCCGGAGCAGGUAUUGCAUCCGUUCGGGCUUCUGGACACUAACGGUGCAAAACACGAAGUCAAACAUGAGCCGAUGGAUGAGACUUGUCGUAUUCCAGAGCAGUUGUCGUAUCCGUUCGGGUUUGUGGGCACUAAUGCCUUCAACACUGAAGUCAAACGUGAGCCGAUGGAUGAAGUUUGUCGCACUCGGCAGCAUAUUUCGUGGAUGGAGGGGUUACCCAUGCAUAUGAAUAAUUCUGUCCCAGCUGGCUUCGGCGAUAACCCUGCAUCACGAAGUGCUAGCACAUUUUCAGAAAACAGUGCUCCAGCUCUGGAAAAUGCGGUAGUGCCUGCUGGACCAUCGAACGUUUCUAAUGUGGGUAUGGAACUGAACUUGCCAUUGAACGGAAAGAAGGGAAAAGGAAUAGUCAAAAAGAAGAAACGCAAAAUUAAGGCGGUGCAUGGGUUGCUAAAUGGAAACUUAGUUGUUGCGCCGAAUUUGUCGCGGAAUUCUGGUGCUUCGUCUCCCGAACAAGAAACAUCCCGAUUUUCAUAUAACGGAUUGAUGAUGUUUUGCCAGGGACCACUUAGAACGGCGGUCGAGGAUUUUCUCAAUUGUGUGCGUAGCCGGAAGGAGGAAGUUAAGCGAAAAGGACGAGCACGCCAUGGACGAAAGAUUCUAUUCCGCAACAAUCCUGAGUUGCGCCGAACGAUGUGUCAACUGGAGUAUGAAAUGCGUAGAAGAGCAACCGACACCAAAUACCAACAGGAUCGGAAUGAACUGCUGCGCCGCUUGAGUUUAUAUGCUGGAGUAAAAUUUGCGACAUUAAGACAGAACUUGAACAAGUCAUGCCACCAGGCAGCCGAUGAUUCGAUUCGCUCAAGCCGAAAUGUACAAUAGUUGGAAAUUUCCGUGAUAAUAGCAUUCCUUUUUAAUUAGCACAAGUCCCGCAUCUGGGUAGCUAAGUUUUCCUAAUAGAGCUUUUUUCUUUUUACAGAUCCUGUGGUUCUUUGUUUAACGAAACGCAGCUGCGGCUGAUGAAUAAGUGAUGAUGCGGAAAAGGGACUUCUGACUAUAGGUUAUAAGUUAAAGUCAUGACAUUCUUACCAAAAAUUGUUAUUGUUAUCUGGCAGAAAUGGUAGCCUUCUAAUGGUUUUUGUUAGAAUUUUUGGUUUUGUUUUAUCUAAGUCUUACUGAUCAUAAACGGAUACAGAUAAAGC